UAUAGUAGUGUAACGUAAAAAUAAGACUACAGCAUAGCUCCGAGUGAGUCUUACAAGUGCGUCAGAUUUACGACUGUGUGGAGUGUAUGAAAUAUUAUAUUGUAUCGUUCGCAAAGUAACAAUUUUCAAUGUUUUAAUUAUGAUCGCGUAAAUACCUAUAAUGGGCCGAGUUUCUAAAAAAUCUUUUAAAAGGUCUACCAGACCAAGAGCAAAGUCUAUGAUCACGGAUUGCGAAAUUCAACCGCUUUUAAAUUCCGAUUUGAGCAGAACAAGUUUAGCAGAAAAUGGAUUUAUAUUUAAAUAUGAUUCGGAAAAUAGCGAUUUAGAAAACAAUAAAGCCCCUACUACGCAUUCAAAAGCUAAUGAAUUGUUAUAUCCGUAUUACUUGAGGUAUGCUCGACAUUCAGAGACAUUAUCGUUUAGUUUGGACUAUGACAUAUUAAAUAGACCAAAAUUUUAUCGAAAAUUACAGCCUUAUAUACCUUUGGGCGAUACAAUUACCACUGAACCGUACACCCAAAAUAGUGUUAUUACAAUUUUUUCAAUAUGGAACACUAUUAUGGGAACGUCUAUAUUGGCGAUGCCUUGGAGUGUAGAACAAGCAGGACUAGUAAUGGGUCUGUUCCUCAUGUUUCUCAUAGCCGGGCUUUGCCUGUACACGUCCAAUUGCAUUUUAAAAGUGCAAGUACUUCACGGAAACGAUACCGGAGAAGUAGCCCAAUUGAGUAGAAAACUACUGGGUCCUUGGGCCGAAGUCAUAUCGAAAUUGUUUUCAUUCAUGAUUUUGCUGGGCGCCAACAUAGUCUACUGGAUAUUGAUGUCAAAUUUUUUAUACUAUUCAGUCGGAUACUUUCACGAUUUUUUUUUCGCCGACGAACACACCGGGGCGUUCGAAUUCAACACCACCAAACUAUUAUGUCCAAGCAAUGCGGCCUACAACAACGCCACGGUGAGCGCGACGAGGCCGUGGACGUUGUACGAGAAGAUUUGGGAUCUCCACACGACGGUGCCGGUGUUCCUCAUCGCCAUCGUGGCCCCGCUUCUGAACUUCCGGUCGGCGACGUUCUUCACGAAGUUCAAUUGCUUAGGAACCCUGUCGGUGCUGUACCUGUUCUUUUUCGUCAUCAUCAAGUCGUACAGCUGGGGCAUAAACGUGUCCACACCUGUGGUGGCCGGGUCCACGGACUACUCAGAACUGUACAAGAACACUUUUCCCGCGACUUCGGGCAUGCUCACCCUGUCGAUGUUCAUACACAACAUCAUCAUCACGAUUAUGAGGAACAACGAGCACCAGAAACAUAACGGACGAGAUCUGUCGAUAGCAUUCUCUCUGGUUCUCUUCACGUACAUACUCAUCGGAAUCACUUUUUACGUGUGUUUCCCAUUGGCCAAAUCGUGCAUCGAGGAUAACUUUUUAAACAACUUCCCCAGAACAGAUGUGUUCAGCAUUAUCGCCAGAAUUUUCCUAUUCUUCCAACUAUUGACUGUCUACCCUUUAAUAUCGUACAUGCUAAGAGUUCAAGUGUUUGCAGCUCUCGAAUUAUCAAUUUACCCUAGUGUUUUACACGUCAUUGCACUUAAUUGCCUAGUUAUUAUUAUAUGUGUAUUAUUUGCAAUAUUCAUGCCCCACAUAGGAACUGUCAUAAGAUUCAGUGGAGCGAUUUGUGGAUUCGUAUACAUAUAUACGUUACCAACCAUGUUGCAUUUGUCAUCGCAGAACAGGCGAAAUCUUUUAACAAUAGGAUCAAUCAUAUUCCAUGUUUCAAUAUCAAUACUCGGUUUAGCUAAUCUAAUAGCACAAUUUUUGGUUUAAAGAACAGCUUUGAGCUUUUAACUUAUAACUGUUCAUUUUUAUCAACAUAAAUACUCUUACAUUAAAUUUACAUUCAUAUAAAGCAGUUUUUUAACUGUGAUCUCUUAAUGACAAGAGUGUGAUAUCUAUUGGCAUUCUAUUAUGUAUUUUUUAAACAUAUACUAUUUAUACUAUGUGAAG